CGGCACGAUGGCCACUGACUCCUGGGCUCUGGCGGUGGAUGAACAAGAGGCCGCGGCUGAAACGUUCGGCAAGUUAAACCUGAAAGGAGAAAAAGCCGAGAAGCCAAAGCCGGAGAGCAACGGCACAGAGGAACCGGAGAGUGCGGAGCAGAUUCCCAGCAAAGAUGGAGGGAAGUCGGAGGAUGAUGAUAAAGAGGACAAAGCCGCCCAAUCGCUGCUCAACAAACUCAUUCGCAAUAAUCUGGUCAGCAACACCAACCAGGUGGAGGUUCUGCAGAGGGAUCCAAAUUCUCCCCUGUACUCCGUCAAGUCGUUUGAGGAGCUGAGACUGAAGCCAGAGCUGCUCAAAGGUGUGUAUGCCAUGGGAUUCAACAGGCCCUCCAAGAUCCAGGAGAAUGCUUUGCCAAUGAUGCUGGCCGAGCCGUCUCAGAACCUCAUUGCCCAGUCUCAGUCGGGAACAGGUAAAACUGCUGCCUUUGUCCUUGCCAUGCUGAGCCGAGUGGAUCCUGCAAACAAAUACCCACAGUGCUUGUGCCUCUCACCAACCUACGAGCUGGCUCUGCAGACUGGGAAGGUUAUUGAACAAAUGGGGCAGUUCUCCAAUAUCAAACUGGCCUACGCUGUGCGAGGAAAGAAAUUGGAGCGCGGGCAGAAGAUUCCAGAGCAUAUUGUUAUCGGCACGCCGGGAACGGUGCUCGACUGGUGCUCCAAACUCAGGUUUAUUGAUCCCAAGAAGAUUAAGGUGUUUGUGCUCGAUGAAGCAGACGUGAUGAUCGCCACUCAGGGACACCAGGAUCAGAGCAUCCGCAUCCAGAAGAUGCUGCCCCGGGACUGCCAGAUGCUUCUCUUCUCCGCUACUUUUGAAGAAUCGGUGUGGCGAUUUGCCCAGAAGGUUGUGCCGGAACCCAACAUCAUCAAGCUGAAGCGGGAGGAGGAGACUCUGGACACCAUCAAGCAGUACUACGUCGAGUGCCAUAGCCGCGAGGAUAAGUUCCGAGCUCUGUGCAACAUCUACGGCUCCAUAACCAUCGCGCAGGCCAUGAUCUUCUGCCAUACCAGGAAGACUGCGUCGUGGUUGGCCGGCGAGCUGUACAAAGAAGGCCACCAGGUGGCGCUGCUGAGCGGAGAGAUGAUGGUGGAGCAGAGGGCAGCUGUCAUUGAUCGGUUCCGAGAGGGCAAAGAGAAAGUGCUGGUCACAACCAACGUGUGCGCCAGAGGUAUCGACGUGGAACAAGUGUCCGUCGUUAUUAACUUUGACCUUCCCGUGGACAAGGACGGCAACCCGGACAACGAGACCUACCUCCACAGAAUCGGCCGCACGGGGCGCUUCGGCAAGCGAGGGUUGGCCAUCAAUAUGGUUGACGGUGACCACAGCAUGCAAAUUCUCCAGCGAAUCCAGCAGCACUUCAGUAAAAAGAUCGCACAACUCGACACAGACGACAUGGAUGAAAUUGAGAAAAUCAGCAAGUGAAACGGAUCGGCGUCUCCUUUCUCUGACAUGAAAUGGACUCUGGUUCUGUUCGGCCCAACACCCACAACACACACCAGUCGCCUUGUUUUCUUACAGGAGCUCCCUGGGAAGGGGGGGACCCGGGUGUGAACUUUGUGUUUUUUUAAAAAAAAAAUUCCCAGUCAUCACUUGGCUUCCCUCCACCCAAUCAGAGGCUGAACAAGUAUCCAAUUGGUCAGAGCGCAGACGGCGCAUUAUAAAUGCAGGGGGGGGGUGGAAUAGAUGUUUUAUUGCUGCUUCUAAUUUUUUUUUUUAAUAUUUUGAAUUUCUUCAGCUCCCUGGACUCUCAUUUAUUCUAAGAAUUCUGCCUCUGCUCAUAAAAUUAGCCAUUUUAUUUUAAAGAGUUAAUUGCUUGAAUACCGGCUCCCCCGCGUGGAUGUGUGAUUUGUCCCAAUGGAGUGUAAGGACACUAGGUGUAAUGCUGUGGGGGACCUUGUGGGGUGCUGGGUGGGUGGGGGGCAGUCCUUUGCUAUUUUAUUGACCCCUCCCACAUACACAGCCAGACUUCCUUGCUGAUUCAGCAUUUUAAUCGCUUUGUUUUCAAUGCGUUGCUUCGAGACGGAAGCACCAGUCCUUUUACCAAGUAAAAAAAAUAACAAAGUAGGUUGUUUUUCGGAUUUGCCUAAAGUUUUAGGAAAUGUGGACUCUUUUAAUUACUUUAAAAACAGACAGGAAAUAGGCACGGGAGGCUCCUUUCUGCGUGGGGGGGGGGUAAUUUGCGGGAGGGUUGGAUCUGCUGCUCCUGUGCUGUAUCUGCUUGUGUUUCAAUAAACAAUCUGCGUUCUACCACUA